AUGGCGUGGCUCCGGGAGACAAGAUUUCUCAGUGUGGACUCAACUUUCCUAGAUGUCUCUGCUGAAGGUGCUGGGCGGCUGAGUCCAGACACGACCCCAACCCCUUCCCCCACCACCCCAAAUCCAGACACGACCCCAACCCCUUCUCCCACCACCCCAAGUCCAGACACGACCCCAACCCCUUCCCCCACCUCCCCAACUCUGGAAGUGACCCCCACUUCAGAUUCCAGCUCCACAGGAACAAACCCAGGCUCAGCCUCCCCAAAGCCAGAAACAGCCUCACUCCCCAGCUCUGGCUCCCCAGAUCCUGAGCUGACCACUGUGUCCCAGUCCACGAACUUGGUUCCGCAAGCAUCACCCACUGUGUCCAGCCCUGGCCAGGACAUAGGCAGCCUGUGGAUCCCCACAUCACACAGGAACCCGGGCGUGGUGAUCGCUGUGUGUCUGCUUGUGUCUGUCUUGCUCAUUGGCUCUGUGUUCACUGCGGUGAGACGCUGUAGUCGGGAAGCGCCAGCUUUUCAUAAUCUGGAUACAGUGUCCUUGGGCAGUGUGAGCCAGCGGCUGCCGUUUGCCGACCACCUACAGUCCUGACUCUCAGAGGCCUAGAGAUGGGGUGGGGUUGGGGCUAACACCUGGGAAAAACAGUUGCUGGAAAAGACUUCACUGUAUUAACCUGGAGAUAAACUUGUGGCAGGAGGAUGUCUUGAGCCCAGGAGUUUGGGCCAGUUCGGCCCAGACAUCUAGUACUCAACUUAAAAAUCAAGUCAAUCCAGGGUGAUGAAGCAUGCCUGCCAUUCCAGCACUUGGGAUGUACAAACAGGAAGAUCAGGUGUUCAAGUCCACCCUGGGCUACAUAGGGGGUUUGAGGCCAUCCUGGGCUACAUGAGACUGUCUUUAAAAAAGAGAAAAGCGGGGCGGGGUGGUGGUGCUGAAGAGAAGCCUGGGCUCAAUUCCCAGCACUCACAUGGCAGUUCUCAACCACCUGUGACUCCAGUUCCCGGGAUCUGACACCUCCUUUUGGCCUCUGCAGUCAGGAGGCCACCUCUUGCAGGUGACAGAUAUGCAGACAUACAUUCAGGCAAAACACAUAAAAGAUAACAUUAAAUAAAUAUAAACUAAAUAAAUAAAGU